GUCAUUUUUUUGUAUUGGUUUAAUGACCUUUACCAAACAAAUAUUCUUGCUUAUAUUUGAAGGCUUUUUUUACAGUAAACUUCAUACUUUAACAGAAUAAAAAAAGUAAAACUUUUAGUUGAAAACCUUGCAACAUUACAAAUCCUUUCACCUAUAACGCAAGUGAUACCUUGUAGACGUUUCUUUAAAUUAUUACUAUCAUCACUGGUUUUACUUUUUAUUACUUAUAUUUAACAAAUAGUUGUUAUGUGGCAGUAUGAAUAAACAAGAGGAAAUAGAGAAUGAAAAUAUUUAUGAACACGCGGAAGAAAAAAUUCAAUUUGGUGAAAGUUUACGAGCAUACAUAGCAGAGCAUCCAGACAUUGAUGGACUUCAGAAGCUUAGUAGAAAAAUUAACCAAGAGCUAAAAUUUCUGCAUAAGGUAUAUAAAAAUGGAACCCUUAAAAAGGAGCAUCUACAGUGCUCAAACCUUACCCAUUUCUCUGCCCUAGUAGACACCUUGAAAAUAGUAGAAAAUUGCCAGAGUGUAAAUAAAAUAUUUACAAUAGAUGACCGGAAAACAACUGUGGAUAUAAUUUGUGAUAAUGGCCUAACAUGGAUUAAAGUAGUUGCUAGAAAUCCAAAGUCCUUGAGCCAGAUCUACAUGGGCAAUGCCAGUUAUGGAGUGCGCAGCAUUGUGGAUCAAGCAAGGGAGUAUGUAGAGUGUGCUAAAACCCACCCUUGUCUGUUUCAAACACCAAAGGUGAUUUUUGUAUUUACAAAUGGUAUUGGCAAUAAUUUAGCAAACAAGCUGGAAAAGAACGGUAUAGUUGUUAGAGGCCAACGCAUUGAAGAUUAUGACAUAUUAGAGAGUGAGUCUGACAGUGACUUUAGUACCAGUGAAGAUGAAAACGAAGAUAUUUGUCUGCAGCCUCCUAGUUGCUUAGAACCUAAUGAUUUGUCCACACAAAAUAUAGCUCAUAUAAAAAAGGUGAAUUUAGAUGUGUCUGCUAUGCUUGCCUAUUGUUGUUCUGUUGCCAAUGGCAGUGCUCACCUUUAUGAUUUUGAUGUUCCCGUUCUAAAACAACAAGCAGAAUGGGAAAGACAGAGACCAGUAAAACCUAUUUUAGAUAAGUUUUUUGAAGGCAAAAAAUUGUAUUGUUGUCAAACUGCUAAAGAGAGCUUCGAAAACAUAGUUAAUACAGUGGGUGGUCCAAAAGAGAAAGUCAGAGCUGAAGAAUUCUUAAAAAGGGUCACAGUACUACCUGAUAAUGCGACUUGUAAGGAUACAGCUGAAGGUAAAGCGGAUAGUGACAUUUUUAACCAGAUUCAGUUUACUGCUAAUAAAAGUUUGGCUGUUGGUGGAAAAAUUAGGCAGAGAUCUUUGACUAUUUUUAUGUUUGGAGACCGAAUACAGGCUAUAACCGUUACUAGUAAUGAUGGAUUUGUUAGAGCUGCUAGACAACAAAAUAUUAAUUUUGUAGUUUUCGUGCAUGAAUCCAGAGCUCUGACUGAACAAAAAGAGAUGCUGAAGGCAAAACCUUUAGAUCAAAACAAAUAACAAUUACAUUGGAUUUGAAAUUGUAAAAGUUCUUAAAAAUUAAACUUUAUAUUUAUUGAAUAAAAUUGUGAUUAGAUUAGAAA